AUGGAUCAUAGCUCCGAAGUGCACUCUACAUGGCAGUCGAACUCGAGGGAGGAGUUUGGCGACUAUGUGCUCAUGGUAGUGUUUAAUUGUGGGAGCCUGACUCCCCCUUACUCUCUUCUCUCUUACUCGCGCACCUCUCUCACAAACACUCUUUCAUCUUUCGCCUUCCCUUGCUGCUCUCUCCUCAACCCCACCUUCCCCUGCACGCAAUCGUGUCUCGUCCAUUCCUGCCGUCUCCCUCCAGGUUCAAUGCCUAAUAGAGCGAUGCCUACUCAUCGACCUCAGUCGCGACGAAUGCGUGUACACCUUAGCACGGCGGGCGAGAAUCGACCCCGCUGUUACGCUUGCAGUGUGGAAGGGACUCGAGAAGCGAAACCCAACAUUCUUUGA